CUCGCAAUUGACAACGAUUCCAGCAUGCCACCACGAAUACCCAUCCGGCCACGUGCCCUCCGCCUCGCCGUCUCCCGCCCCCUCUCCACAACAGCCACGGCGCACUACGCAUCGGUAGCAACAGCCUCGACGACGACGCCCGCACCUCCACUCCACAAUGUCCGCGCCGUGCCCCCAGUCCUGCGCUACCCACCGACGCAGCCGCCCUCGCACAAGCCCCCGGAAGUGCGCAAGACGCAGCUGCACCGCCAGUACCAGUCGCUGCUCAAGUCGUCGCCGCUGAUCCUGAUCUUCCAACACAACAACGUCAAGGCCGUCGAGCUGAUGAGCAUACGGCGCGAACUGGCCAUUGCCCUGCGCAAAGUCGACGCCGAGCGCGCCAAGAACGGCGACGCGGACGCCGCCCUGGCCGACGAGAUCAAGCUGCAGAUAAUCCAGACGGGCAUCUUCGCCUCGGCCCUGCGCAUCGUCGAGUUCUUCAACCCAGACGCCGACGACCUGGCCAGCGCCCAGCACCCCACCGACCCCCGCACGCAAUCCAGCGCCCAGAUCCCCAACCUGACCGCAGACGGAGAGUUCAAGCACGGCCUGUCCCGCCGCGCCUACGAGAUCGCAAACAACAAGAAACUCAAACUAGAGCUCGAGCCUCUGCUGUCUGGUCCCCUCGCCGUCGUCGCUUUCCCCUCCGUCACCCCCCAGUACCUCAAGACCGUGCUCUCCAUCCUCUCGCCCUCGUCCCCGGACUUCCCCGCCCCAAAACGCAGAGUCGUGCCUGACUACUACGAUCCCUCGGUGCAGACAGGGCUGCAGAAACUCAUGCUGCUGGGUGCGCGCGUCGAGGGCAAGGUGUUUGAUGUGGCAGGUACCAAGUGGGUUGGCGGUAUCGACGGGGGUAUUGAUGGCCUGCGAGCACAAGUUGUGCAUAUGCUGCAGGGUGUUGGGGGGAGUCUCACAAGUGCGCUUGAGGGCGCCAGCAGGAGUCUUUAUCUCACUGUUGAGGGGAGACGGAUGGAUAUGGAGGAGAAAGAGAAGCCUGCCGAGGAGACCAAGGACGAAAGUGCUUGAGAUGUGUAUAUGUAUAUGUAUGAUGAGACGUGCAGUUGCUGAUAGUAUAUGUAUAGAUAUCGUACGCAUGCCAGCAUCAUGCUAUUAUCAUGCAUUCUUUGGUACGAGUGCUAAGAUCGUGCCUCUAGCUAAACCCAUCCGAUGUCUUUCAAUUAGGUGAACGACGUGAUUUCUGUAAGAUAUCCCACAACACAAGCGCAGAGUGGCGCUUUCAACUUUGGUUAUACACUGCCGAGACGCUCGAGGCUGCGAGAAUAAUGACUUCGAUGGCACCUACCUGCCCAGUUCAAUCACAAGCGGCCCAAUCGUCAGUGCCUGUCUCGAAUGGAGACAAACACCACGCCGAAGACACAUCGCGACUCUGUUCCUCUCCACAAACAACGAGCUCCGAUGUUAUCCACGACUUCAUGAACAAUGGUCGGAAGCUAUUGGACCAUCCGAUCCCUCGCCAGCGU